ACAGCGACCACGGGAGAGAGAGGUCGCCUCCCGCAUCGCUCUCUCUCUCUGUCAAGUUAGUGCGCGUGUGAGAGAGAGAGAGAGAGCUAGCUUACUUGCUCUCUCACUCACAGGACUAGUACACUCUCACUUCUCCCAGCUUACCUACUCUCCCAGACCCGCCUUCUCCCAAGUGAGUCAACAAAAAAAACACCACCACCACCACCACCACUACCGCCGCCGCCAUGUGCCCCUCCCCAUUACCACGGCCCCGUCCUGCCCCUCACUAGCCAUGGCCCUCCUGCCCCUCCUCCUCCUCCUCAUCCUCGUUCCCCGCCCCUCCCCUGCCUGCCCCGCGCCCUGCUCCUGCCUCCCUGCGCCCGCGGGUGUGAGCAGAGGCGUGGGUGUGGUAUGUGCGGGCCUGGGACUGAUUGAGGUGCCCCUACAGCUGGAGGAUGGGCGUGAGGUGGUGUAUGUUGACCUUAGCAACAAUGAACUAAGUGACCUUCCUGACCUGACCUUCGCAAAUUACUCAUCUCUUCUUCAUCUGAGGCUCUCGGGAAACAGAAUCAGCAACAUUGCCAACACUGCAUUUCACCGUCUGCAACUCAAGGAACUGUAUCUGGACAACAACUUGCUAGCGAGCCUGCCUGACGCCCUCCCCACCUCGCUGCUCAGACUCUCCCUCGAGGACAACUACUUCACCACCGCCCCUGCAACACUGGCGUCCCUGCAGAGCCUUCAGGAGCUGAAUCUUGCGAGGAACAAGAUCAAAGUAAUCAGCGCAGGUGACUUCCGGAAUCUGUCUCACCUUUUGUCGCUGUCUCUACAUCAAAACCAGCUGGAGGACAUAGAAGAUGGAGCAUUUAAAUCCCUACAAGCACUCCAAGUCCUGGACCUGACGGAGAACAGCCUGAAGGAGGUGCCUGGAGCCGUGCUGUCCUGUUUGCAUCUCACCAGACUACUGCUGGGCCACAACCGGGUGGCACACCUCGGCGAGACAGCCUUCUCCGGCCUGCGUGACCUGCAGCAGGUGACUCUUCAGGGCAACCCGAUCACCACAGUCCAUCCUGCAGCUUUCACCAACCUGCCCUCACUCACCAAGCUGAUCUUGAAGGAAAUCCGUGGCCUCUCACAGUUUCCUCACCUCAAUGGAAGCAAGAGUCUGGAGAUGAUCAGAAUCGACAGGGCUUCACUUACUGCCCUGCCACCCUCCCUCUGCUCCUUCGUCCCCGCCCUCAGGAGUCUGAACCUUCACCUGAACGCCAUAAAGGAACUGCCUGACUUGACUGACUGCGCUGAGCUCAGGCUGCUGGACCUGAGUGACAACGCCAUCAGCAGCCUGGGCCACGCAUCCUUCAGGGGCGCGCCACUCCUGCAGGACCUCCUUCUUCAGGACAACAGGAUAUCACACGUGCCUGCAGACGCCUUUGUGGGACUCUCCAGCCUGCAGGUCCUGGAUCUACAGAGGAACCAGAUUUUAGAGAUAGAAGAGGAUGCCUUUCUUCCACUCGUCAGCCUUGAGGACAUUAACCUCGGCGACAACCACUUCCCCAGACUGCCGCACGUGGGGCUGCAACACGUGGUCUCCAUCAAAGUGCACAACAACAGACAUCUCAGAGUGUUUCCAGGCCCGGACAGUUUCCCCAAGGUACACUCUCUGGUUCUGUCGUACGCCUAUCACUGCUGUCCGUUCCUAUCCAUUGAAGAGGACGUGACGCAGGAGCCCAGGAUAGGAGAGGACGUCAUCUUCAACAUAUCCUGGAGCUCCCAUCCUGGACUGUGGAACGUUACCGACGGAUGGAGGAUGGGAGGGGAGGAGGAGGAGGAAGAUGAGGGCGGGUUGAGCUUUGAGAGGUUGUGGGCUAACCUCCCCACUGCCUUCCCUCCAGCACUCCGCAACUACACCCACCCACACCCCGGCCGCCCGCCCCCGCCCCAGCAGCCCCUCACCACGCCCAUACGCCCUCAGUGCAUCCCUCUACCUGGGCCCUUCAUGCCGUGCCGUGACCUGUUUGACUGGUGGACGCUGCGCUGCGGGGUAUGGAUCGUGUUCUUGCUGGCGCUGAUGGGUAACGGCGUGGUAGUGGUGGUGCUGGUCGCCGCCUACGCCAAGAUGGACGUGCCGCGCUUCCUCGUCACCAACCUUGCGCUCGCCGACUUCUUCAUGGGCGUGUACCUAGGGUUCCUGGCGGUGGCGGACGCCUCCACGCUUGGGGAGUUCCGCAUGUACGCCAUUCCGUGGCAGAUGUCAGCGGGGUGCCAGGUGGCGGGCUUCCUGGGCGUGCUGAGCUCCGAGCUGUCGGUGUACACGUUGGCGGUCAUCACGCUGGAGCGGAACUACGCCAUCACGCACGCCAUGCAUCUGCAAAAGCGGUUGUCGCUGCGGCAGGCGGCGUACAUCAUGGCGGCUGGCUGGGUGUUCGCCCUUACCAUGGCGGUGCUGCCGCUGGCGGGCGUGUCAGACUACCGUAAGUUCGCGGUGUGCCUGCCCUUCGAGACGGCGGGACCCGGCCUGGGCUACGUGGUGUUCCUCAUGUUCAUCAACGGCGUGGCCUUCCUCAUCCUGAUGGGUUGCUACUUCAAGAUCUACUGCGCCAUCCGUGGCUCGCAGGCCUGGAACAGCAACGACUCCCGCAUCGCCAAGCGCAUGGCGCUGCUCGUCUUCACCGACCUGGUGUGCUGGGCGCCCAUCGCCUUCUUCUCCCUCACCUCCGCCUUUGACCUCCACCUCAUCUCGCUGGAGGAGGCCAAGGUAUUCACGGUGUUCAUCCUGCCGCUCAACUCGUGCUGCAAUCCCUUCCUGUACGCGCUGCUCACUAAGCAGUUCAAGAAGGACUGCGUCAUGCUGUGCAAGACCAUCGAGGAGUCCCGCGUCACGCGAGGCAUCGGCCGCUGCCGUCACUCCUCAAACUUCAGCAACAGACAGACGCCCGCCAACACCAACAGCGCAGUGGACCACACCUCGCAGGGCGACGGCAAGCCGCCCUGUGGUUGUCGCUUCGGCAAGCAAGAGAAGAGGCGGCGCCCGCGCCUCAGCCUGGCGGCGCUCAAGCACCUUCUGUGCCAGCGCGGCGCCACCACCAUUACCUCAUCCAGCGACGGCAGCUUCCAGGCAGACGCUGCGGCACGCCGCGGUCCGCGCCACGCCUCGCUCUCCAGCGACACCUGCAGCGGCUCCUGGAGCGACACGUGGCGGCGCGGGCGUGGCGGCGCUACCUUGCCGCGCGCGAUGGACCGCCGCCGCCACAACUCGUGGUCCGCAUCGCAUCGGCCGUCCCAGGAGAGCAGCUUGUCCGCCUCGCGCCCUGACUCCGCCGCCUCGGCGUCCACCGCCACCUGGCGCAUCUCCCGCUCCUCCGUGUCCUCAGACACCUCCAACAGCAGUGGCAGGGCGCGGGGCGGUGAGGUCACGGCGGCACCGCGGCGCUGCGGACGCGGGGCGGGACCUCCACGCCAACUGAGCCAGGGCGCCCUCAUUCCUGCCAUGCGACCGCCCACUGGGCGCGCCAAGCCACGCCUGACGCGCCAGACUGCGGUGGAGCGCGAGGCGUACACCCCAGGGCGCGAGGGCUCGGUACCAGACAGCCCGCCGUGCCCGUUGCACCUGCGACCUGACCAGCUGUCCUGUGUGUACGAGCAGAGUCACGAGGACGACCCCGUGCCCGCGCCACCCCUUCUUCUGGACGCCGCCGCGCUGGACGAUAGCGUGUUUGCUGACUCCAGCGACGAUCACCACGCCUCGCCUCCCGCCUCCCCACCGGCGCCCGACCACGCCCGCGCCCAGGACGCCACUCCUGCCACCUACACCGAGGCUUCUGAAAUCACCGCCCUGGUGCCUCCGCUUCCUGCUCAGGCGGCGCCCCUCGAGACGCAUUUCCCUCUGGAGGAGCGCCGCCCGCUCAUCUGAGGCUCCGGGACGAGGGGUGCUACGAGCUGCCGUGUCUUCACGUGACGGGAGCAGCCGCCCACCGCACCGCGCUGGGCCGCCAAAGGACGCCCUGCGCCAGGCUGAGGGCGUGGGACGGGCCGCGCGACAGGUGGGUCGUGGCUGGGCUGGGAUGGGCGUGGAAAGGGUUGAGAACGAGGCGUGUCGCCAAACAAGCCAAAGACAAGUAGCCAGUAGUCAGUAGUCGUUAGUCGUUAGUGAGUAGCCUGUAGGUCGUGGUAGCGUCGCUGUGCACCUGUUGUACGCACCUUUGUAUCACAUUAUUACUUGAACUAUUUAUCUAUUGAAUGUUGUGGCUUGACAGUGUUGGUCACUGGUCAGCCACCAGUACUAUAAUAAAGUACUCCUCUGUGUA